AUGCAGUUCCGUGUGGUUAUCCCAGAGCAUGUCAGAUCUGGCCAAUACAUCAAGGUCCACUGUCCCCCUGACGGGAAAGGGAGCGUAGGCCGCGAAGCCGAACUGAGAGUUCCCAAGGGCUUGAAGCCAGGCGACUCGUUUGUGUUUGAUAUUUCCGACAAGGACAGUUCCAUUACGAUUGGUCAUGAUGUCGAAGCUCUGAAUGCGCAGAUUGCAGCGUCCAAACAGGGCAACUCCAAAAACGCGCGCAACCGCAAGGGUGGCGGCAGUACUACGUCCAACACGGCAGGGACGGCUGGGAACUUUUUGGACCGAGAAGUGCUCCAUUUGAAGGAUUUUUUGGUCGCUCUGGGGAUUGGCCUGAUCAUUGGCAUUUCCAUGUGGUUGGUUUUGUAA